GAAUGGGGGUGAUGAAGUAUGUUGAGUGUAUAAAAGCUUCGAAGUUUUGUUGAUUGCUUUAUGCGGGUGCAUUCAAGUCACGGGCGCAUCGCGUCUACUGACAACAAUCGCGUCCUUGAGAGCGUCAGAACGUAGAGCUUAUCUGAGGCUCGGUGCGUCGCUGCUAACGACGCGAUACGGCUCAUUCGAGUGCCGGCCGCCGCGGUCGUACAUCUACAUACCAUCGCUGAGCACGCGCGCGCCUUGUUUAUUAUACGCCACUUCGCCGGCUUUCUGUUCCUUGUCGUGUUUCAAACUAAAAAAUUAUAUAAAAAAACCGAACCCGUUUGCACGGAGUUAGAAUGUGGUUGAGUGUAAUUUUUAUUAUUAUAUUAAUUUUAUUAAUUGUUUUGUUGACAAUUUUUCACUUUACUACAAAUGGAAGAAAAUACUGGCUUCACAGAAAAGUGCCGUACAGAGAGCCUUGUCCCAUUUUCGGAAAUUUUGGUGCGACGCUGACGAUGCGACGGAGUUACACCAACAUGCUUCAGUUCUUCUACGAUACCUUUAGAGAAGAGAAAUAUGUAGGUAUUUUUCAAGCCAGAAGGCCCACACUGUUCGUUAUAGAUUUGGAUAUUGUCAAGAAUAUUUUUAUAAAAGAUUUUGCCUGCUUCAGCGACCGAAUAUCGGUGUCAACUGAUACUCAAAGGGAACCUUUGCUUCGCAACCUGGCAAACAUGAGCGGAGCCGAAUGGAAAGCUAUGCGACACAUAGUAACACCGACAUUUUCGUCCGCAAAAAUGAAAGCGAUGUUCCCUCUCGUUGCAGACUGUGCAAGUUCUCUUAAAAUAGCUCUGUCUCGAGAAGCGUUGGUCGAUGUCGAUGUUCCGAAAUUAAUGUCGCGAUUUACAACAGAUGUAAUAGGCAGCUGCGCUUUCGGUGUUGAUCCUGGCUCCUUGAAAAAUCCCGAUUCACCCUUCUUAGCGAUGUCACAGAGGAUGUUCAAGACGGAUCGCACGACCGUACUGAAACGUUAUUGUCGGACUUUCUUCCCGAAGUUGUUUAAAUUUUUGAAUCUCAGAACUUACUCUUGGGAAGUCGAAACUUUCUUUACAAAUAUUAUUAGUCAAGUACUAGAAGAGAGGCGAAGAACGGGAGUACAGAGGAACGAUUUCUUACAGCUGAUGUUAAAUAUGCAAAAGACUGAGACUGAAUUUUAUAUGACAGAUGAAUUGAUAACAUCCAAUUCUUUUAUAUUUAUGUUAGCUGGUUUGGAAACAUCGGCGACCACAUUGUCUUUCUGCUUGUAUGAACUGGCGAAGGAUCCAGAUUUGCAGAAUAAAGUGAGACAAGAAAUAAUAGAUUGUACUGAACGUUACGGAGGAUUGAAUUACGAUGCAGUGUGUGCGAUGCGUCUUGUGGUCCAAACGGCGAUGGAGACUCUACGGCUGCAUCCCCCCACGCCGCUAACCACGCGUCUGUGCACGGCGCCAUGCACUCUGUCGAGUGAGUUAAAAGUGAAAGUUAAAGACGCUGUACUUAUUCCGCUGCAUUGUAUACAGAAAGAUCCCAGGUACUUCACGGAUCCUGAUAAAUUUGACCCGGAGAGGUUUAAAGAAGAUUUUAAUCCACCAGCUUUUAUGGCUUUUGGAGAAGGUCCUCGAAGUUGUCCUGGUGCUCGUUUCGCUCAGCUGAUCGUGUCUGCGGGUCUGGCGGCCGUGCUGAGCGGGUACCAAGUGCAGCCGUGCGCUAGAACCACGCCUACGAUACAAUAUGAUCCUCGGAGCGUUAUGCUAAAGAAUAAAGGUGGAAUAUGGUUGAAGUUUAAACCAUUGUAAAGCCACUUUAGAAGUAACGAUGAGUCAAUAGUCGUUUUUACAAGAAUUUGUUUUCAAUAAAAAUGAAACAAGACAAAAAAAAAACAAGAAAAGCUUUCUAAUGAAGGUGUGUUCUUUCAACGUAAUACAAACUUGGUGAAUCAGUCAUUAUCCUCUUAUGUCCCUAACAUGAGAAAACAGUGGCUGAUUCAAGCGAAGCGAGCGCUUGUUAAACUUGUUGAAUGGACAUGACUUUAAACCUUUUUUGUCGUAGAUUUUAAAUAUUGAUAAAAUAAAAUUGUUAAAUAUGCAUAUGGGAUAUAAGUUAUUAUAUAUUGGUUUCUAUG